AUGGUUUUCUCUCAGACUCUCCGCCGCGCCGCCGCCCAGAGCGCCGGUGCCUACCGCUCCCCUUUCGCUCCCAAGUACCACACUCCCCUUCACUUCCACGGCCUCACCACCGGCCUGGCUACUAAGUACGCUACCAUCGCUGGCACCUUCGGUGUUGCCGCCGGUACCUUCGCUCUCUUCUUCUUCGGCGAGAUCCCCCGUGUUCGCCGCGACAUCCUCCAGAAGGUUCCUUUCCUCGAUGAGUACUUCGACCGCACGAUCGCUCCCGAGGACAACCCCUUCUAA